AUGUUCCGGUGUUCCGCGGACCCCAGGCCCCAAUACAACCUCGGAGCAGGCAACAAAACCCUCGCAAAAGAAUGUAACAUAAACAUCGUCCCGGGCUCCAUCGCAGAACUCCACACCGACCCGACCACGGGGGAAGAAAAACUCCUAAACGUAACCUACUUCAUCGACAACACGGGGGAAAUCCGCGGCCGCUACGAAAAAAGAAACCUCUGGAUCCCGGAACGGCAGUUCGUGGAUCGCGGAGCCACGGACUCGGGGCAUGUAGCGUUUGAUACGCCGCUUGGUAAGGUCGGGUUGCUGAUUUGUUGGGAUUUGGCGUUUCCGGAGGCGUUUAGGGAGUUGGUUAUGCAGGGGGCUAAGAUGAUCAUUGUACCUGCUUAUUGGAAGUUGGAUGAUGCGGGGGAGGUGGGGAGGAGGUGGAAUGCUGAGUCGGAGAGGGUGUUUGUGGAUGCGGCGGUUGUGAGUCGGGCUUUUGAGAAUACGGCUGCGGUUGUUUUUUGUAAUGUUGGUGGAAGGGAGGAGGAGGGUUAUGCGGGGGCGUCUCAGGUGGCGGUCCCGUUUUUGGGGUGUGUUGGGAGGGUUGAGGGGUCUGGGGAGGGGAUGAGUGUUGUGGAGGUUGAUAUGGGGGUUUUGGAUGAGGCGGAGGGGGUUUAUAGGGUUAGGGAGGAUUUGGGGAGGGAGGAUUGGCAUUAUGGGUAUAAGAGGUGA